AUGUCUUGCUCCAGCCUGUGCUAUCCAGAAUGCGGGGUGGCCCGCCCCAGUCCAGUUUCUGGCAGCUGCAACGAGCCAUGUGUUAGGCAGUGUCCUGACUCUGAAGUCAUCAUCACACCAUCACCGGUUGUUGUAACCAUCCCAGGACCAAUUCUCAGCAAUUUCCCUCAGCAGAGUGAAGUGGGAGCCGUUGGAGCACCUCUGGUCGGAGCUGGCUAUGGGGGCUCAUUUGGUUUGGGGGGAUUGUACGGCUAUGGAGGCCAUUACGGAGGAUUGUAUGGUUAUGGGGGAUUAGGUGGUUACGGGGGCCGUUAUGGUUACGGGGGAUUGAGUGGUUAUGGGGGAGGUUACGGGGGAUUGUGUGGUUACGGGGGAGGUUACGGGGGAUUGUGUGGUUACGGGGGCCGUUAUGGUUACGGGGGAUUGAGUGGUUACGGGGGGCGUUAUGGUGGACUGUGUGGUUACGGAGGAGGUUACGGGGGAGGUUACGGUUACGGGGGAGCAUGCGGUUCCGGGGUAUCUUGCCAUAGGUACCUGAGUGGAAGCUGUACACCAUGUUAA